GCAGCUGCAGUGAGAACAAAGGAACUGGAAGAAAGCAUUGAAGCAGAGAGAGCAGCACAUUUAGAAUCCAAUUUCACUUCAAAGAUCAUCCAGUUAAGAAUUCAAGAACUUGAAGAAGCUGUGCAUGUGGAAAAAUACAGACGAGCUGAAGCUCUUUCAGAUUUAGAAAUGAUCAGGAAAGAGUUCAAAGAGUUAGAAAAUGCAUAUGAGAGAGAAAAACACAAUGCCCAGGAGAACUUGGAAAAACUCAAUGAAUUAGAAAGAGAGUGUUUUGCCUCAAACAAUGAAAUGAAAGAAGUCAUUGAGGAAAAGAAGGUGGUAAUUAAAGACCUCUCUGAGAGACUAGGGAAUACUGAAAAAACCUGCAAAGAAUUAGAGGAGGAGCUUGCAACGGCCAAGAAACACCAGGUCUUUCUAACAGAGACGUAUGAAAACAACAUGAGAGAGCUGGAGUUACUCUUGGACAGCUUUGCUAUGUCAGGCCAGCGGACAGCAGGCACUUGCAACGACAAAGAUAAACCGCCAAGUUGCUCUGUCCUUGAGACUUUGAGGUGUAUCUUGACAGCUUACCAGAACAAGCUGGAAGAUACCUCUAAUGAGUUUGAGAAAAUGAAGGCUCUGUGUAAAAAGAUGACAGAAGACCUUGAGAUAUCCGAGGAGAAAGUGUGUACUUUAAGACAAGACCUUAAGGAAGCUCAGGAUACCCUGGCUGAUGCCAGUAAAGAGUUAAAUCAUCUGCACACUAAGUGUGCAGACAGAGAGACUUUAAUAGAAACUUUAAGAACGAAACUACAGGAUGUACAACAAUGCUGGGAGAAGGAGAAAGUACGUGCCACAGAAUCAGAAAAUGAAAUCCAGAAGCUUACCAGGGCUUACCAGAAGGAUAUGGAGGAAAAACUAACCUUCCUCCAUAGCUUAUACCAGUGUUUGGUAGCAGGCCGUGUACUUAUAAAACAACCAGAAGGCAUCCUAGAUAGAUUCUCUUGGUCUGAGCUUUGUGUAGUCUUGCAGGAAAAUGUUGAUGCCCUGAUCUUAGACCUCAGCAGGGCUAAUGAGAAGAUAUCUCACCUAGAGUAUAUUUGUAAGAACAAGUCCAAUACUUUGAAGGAUCUUCGGCAGAGCCAGGAAGAUGCUUUUAACGAAAUGGCUGAACAGAUGAAAACCCAGGCAAGCUGCUGGCAGAAAGAAAAAACGUAUUUGGAACAACAGUGCUCAUGUCUCCUUGGGGGAGUUCAUGCAAGGGCACAGGAAUACCACGAAACAGCAGAGAAAAAUAAGGGAAAAGUGCGUGUCCUUGAAAAAAGUCAGGAGAAAUUGGCCCUUGAAAGUGUUUCUGUGAAAAAUACGUUAACACAGUUUCAGAAGGAGCAUUCAUCUCUCUUGGCAGCCUGUGCGCUAUUGGCAGGUGCCCUGUAUCCUCUCUAUGGCCAAUUGUGUGCUAUGUCUUCCCAAAGAGACCUUCUCCAGGAUCAGGUCAACAUUUAUGAAUUAGUGAACCAGAAGAUUAGGACCCUAGUUCAUGCUCUAUCUGAUGGUGAAGAAAACAGUCAAAAUGAAGUAAAAAUAAAGAAAAGAAAAUUUCAAGGCCUGAUUUAUGUAUUCCGAAGAGCUGUAAUUGCAGUUUUGGCAGCUAAGAGACUUAAAGUUUUAGCCCAAUCUUCUAGUUCCCUCUUCAUCUGGACAAAUGGCUUAAAAGAAGGCAUUGGAAUUCGAGUUUAUGUAGGAGAAUCUAAAGGUUGUGAAGAGGAAGAGCUUAACUGUGUUGAAGAACUCAGCUGGUUUACUAGUUCUAACCUCCUUGCUGCGAUAAUCGGUUCCGUCACUGAGUUGCAGGAUGUUAUUAACAAACCAGAUACAAAGUCCUGGCUUUCUGGAAAGUUACUUGUAAGUGCAGCCAGGAACUCCUUUUCAAAACUUAUGGACAAGCUGAAUGUAAUAAUGGAGACGGUUCCAUUAGACCACAGCAAGUGCAUUAUUUAUCUGGAGAAAGACUCUUUGGUACACAGUCUGGCUCAUGGACUUCACAAAAUAAAUACCCGGGCCCUGGAAGCUGGAUUGUGGGACAGACUAUCCAGUAUGAAAAACAUAGAAUCCCUGCAGGAGCAAAUAUUUGAAUUUACACAAAGACUUCAUACAGCAGAGGUGGAACGCCACUCACUGCGUCUACAACUUGCAGAAUUCAAAUGGGAUUUCAGUGAGAUGAAGAAAGAAGCUGACAAAGCCCAGGGCCUGCAAGAGCAAUUAAAUAUGCUUAAACAAAAAUUGAUCACCCAUGAGAAGUUUGAAAGUGUAUGUGAAGAAUUAAAUAAUGCAUUGCAUCGGGAGCAUCAGGCACAAUUGCUUUUGAAUGAACAGGCACAACAGCUACAGGAGUUAAAUAAUAAACUAGAAUUGCACGCCAGUGAAGAAGCAGAUAAAACCCAAGUAUUAAGUGAAUCUGUAAAGAGCCUCUCGGAGGCAACAAUGGAGCUGAGAAGAAGAGAUCGAUUUCUGCGUCAGCAAAAUAGACUUCUUACCCAGCUGGAGCAGGACAAGCGUUGGCUGAGCAAGAGCAUCCGUGAUGCAGAGAGUGCCCUCUGCACGGCAGCGAAAGACAAAGAAUUGAUCAUUAGUCAUAUGAAAGCUGUGGAAGCCGCUCUUCAUAAGGUCAGAGAUCAGGCCUUGCUGCCAUGUGCUGCGGCAGCCACGAAUGACUUCACCCUGGAGCUACCCAAACUGCACUUAGAGACCUUUUCAGAGGAAGGGCUGAAGGGCAGGCCAGAGGCUGCAGCAUUUCAGGCCAUGAUUCAAAGUUUCAUGGAACUCUACCAAGUUGCAGUUUCCAGAGUUGAAACAUUAGUGAGAGAAACAAAAUCUCUGCAGCUUCACAUUGCAGCUCUAAAGUCCAGGCUCCAAACAGCAUGUCUUCAUGAAAGUGACCUUACAAAUGGAAACAAGAGGGAGUUCAGACCUCAAUGUGGGUCCAAGCGAGAAAUUCAGUCUGAUCAGAGUUCUGUCCCAGAUUUUUUGGCAUUGCAAGCUGAACCUGACAUAACCUACAGUGUUACGCAGAACAGAGACAGUUCUCUGUCUUAAAUCUGUUUCUUAAGCCUGGAAUCACAUCCAAUCCCAGAAGAACAAUGGAAAAUGGAUUUUCAGAUUCUUAGUAUCAAUAGUCUUUUAGAAGGGAAAAAUUGUAUUAAUGUAAAAUCAUGCAAUUAAAGUGUAAUUUUGUUGUUACCUUUGAAUUGUAAUUAACUGUAUGUAUUUUUUAAUAUAAAUUUUACAUUUCUAUGAAAAUGUGCACUUGUAUGUUCACAUUUCUGUGCUUUUCAUUUUUUGCAUACUGGAGCAGUUAUUGUUUAAACUUUUAUAUAUUGCGGUUGUUCAUUUUUUAUGUAGUAUAUUUUUAAAUGUUAAAGAAUGACACAUUUUGGGUAAUUUUCCUCAGACUUAAAAAAAAAAAUAAAUCAAUAAGCCAU